UCGGCCUAAAAGUAUCAUUCUAUCCUUGUUGCUCAAUGAAUGUCAAAGAAAGAUGGAGCACGUUCACAGCAUCAAAAGCGUGGUCUCCGAACCCAACCCAUGUAUAGAAGUAUUUAUGGUUAUCUCAAAGAGUGUUGUCAAACAUCAGGUUAUGUCGCUCAAUGUCGCUCACGUCGUGCCGUAUACAUAUACUUUGAUGCGUACAUCAAUGUAAAUUAGUAAAUUAGGAAAUCAUUCCAUCGCUCCCUCUAAUGUAGAGUGAAACUUCAACGAGAUCUCAUCGCUCGACGUGUCGACUGACUGGGAACUUAUUUGUAACGAAAGAUACGAGAUAACAUAUAUAAAAAGAAAAAGAGGAGUAAUUGAGUUCUAAUGUCAGUCAUUGGAAACGCAGAAUGGACCAGCCAGAAGUAACAGGGAUUAUACUAAGAUUGUGCCUGCUGAACAUUCUAACGAUAAAUUGGAGCAGCGCAGCUGUAAUAAAUCCUAAGGAUCAGUAUCAAAGUUUGAUUAGUCUUGGUGGUCCUGGCUUAUAUAAUGCUAGCGACGACGUAGUAAUACUCAAUGCCACAAAUUUCAAGGCAAACGUUUACGAGAGCAGUAGGAGCUGGUUAGUCGAGUUUUAUAACAGCUGGUGUGGCUUUUGUUAUAGAUUCGCACCGACGUGGAAAGCUCUGGCGAGUGACAUUUUAUCUUGGAAUGACAUCGUCGUCGUUGCGGCUAUAGAUUGUGCCGACGACGACAACAAUCCAAUUUGUCGCGAGUACGAGAUCAUGCACUAUCCAAUGUUGAAAUAUUUCUCUAUAAAUGCACAUCCACCGUCAUUAGGUAUAGUGAUAGAAAAGGGGGAUAGCGUUGAUUCAGUAAGGCACAAUUUAAUUAACAGGCUCGAAACGGAACAACAAGAAGGACGGGGAUUUACAUGGCCUAAUAUUGCACCGUACAGAAACGUCGAAAUAACGGACAUAUGGAAAACGGCAUCUAAUAAUGUAAAGCAUUUCUUCCUGAUCUUCGAGAGCACGAAUUCACAUUUGGGCGCAGAAGUCAUUCUCGAUCUCCAUAAGAUCAGCAGCUUACAGAUACGGAGGGUGACCUCUGAUAAUGAACUAUUGUGCGUGAUGAACAAGGUUACUAAAUUUCCAACUUUAAUAGUCUUCGGCCGCAACGAGUCGCAGAGAGUCGUCAGCAUAAGAAUCCCGACAAGGCAGGGAGUUCGACGAGUCAUCAAGGAUUACGUAAUUGCAAGAGGAGUUAAUAUUGACGAGGUGAGCACGACACUGUCCCGCGGCAUUGUACAGAAUGUAGGAAACGUACAUCAAACAACGAUCGCAACGGUUGUGAAGGAACGUCACGAAGCGAUAGAGGAACAACUACAAUCGUCAUCAAAGAAGACUGACGAUGAUUAUUUGUAUCAGCUCGAUCUCGAGAGCGCAUUGCGUUAUUCGAUCAAUCACGAGAUACCUUUAAUGAAAUUAAUGGACGGUGAGAAAAUGCAGGCGUUACAAAAAUACCUCGCGGUAUUGGCGGCAUAUUUUCCUCUGCAACGUAACAACGUAUUGGAAGUGAUACGAAAUGUCAUCGAGAAGAAGAAUACUAUAACCGGUGAGGAAUUCAGCCAACUGACGAGGACAACGGAGGAGGAGAUGUCACCGGUGUAUUCGGGAACACCUCGUCACUGGAUAGGCUGCAGGGGCAGCAAGGACUUGUAUCGCGGAUAUCCUUGCGGACUGUGGACCAUGUUUCACAUGCUGACAGUAAAUUUCGCAGUGGAACGCGACAAAGAUGUUACCCGAGUUCUCUCGCAAGAUCCCACGGCGGUACUGCGGGCGAUGCACGGCUACAUUAAGAAUUUCUUCGGCUGCGCCGACUGCGCCGCGCAUUUCGUAGAAAUGGCCAAUAGGAAUAGGAUAUUUGAUGUGCGCAACAAGGACGAAGCCGUGCUCUGGUUAUGGCGGGCGCACAAUCAGGUGAACGCUCGGCUAUCGGGUGACAACACGGAGGAUCCCGAACACAAAAAGAUACAAUAUCCCGCGGCCAAGCACUGCCCAGCGUGUAGAUACGUUAACAAUAGCUGGAACGAGGACGAAGUUUUACGAUAUCUAAAAACGAAAUAUAGUUACAGUAACAUUAAGUUCGACGGGAUCAGCACUUCUGACGAUAUAGGUGUGAGCAAUAGCAACCAUUCGAGAGUGAGGCCAGAGAGACUCGCCAAAGAGACGAAGCGCUCUACAGCUUUCGGUUGGGACUUGAACAUAUUUGACAUUAGUAUCUGUGUAGUGCUAUACGUUACCUCAGCUGCAAUACUCGUACUAGUAUGCAUCAAGUUUGCCGUUAAAAGGACAUAUAAGAAAAAGGGUCACAUUAAUCUACUGCCCAAAGUAUAAUCUUCCUUUCAUAUACGGGUUAAUCGUACGUAACAUUCCUGGACCAGCAAAUAUAACUCAAGCAUUUGAAUUCUAAUCGAGAGAACAGUAAGUCUCAAUUUUUUAUGUCGUGAUAGCUUCCAAUUGUAAUGAUUAUUCCAACGAAAAUGAAAGUUGAACUUGCAUCUGAGCGAAUGCAAUUUAAGAAUGUUUCUGCAUAAAACCAGUGGCGUCAGUAAUGAUAGAAAUAGUAUCAAUAGUAUCCAUCAAAUCAAAAUGAAUUUUUUAGAUAGAUAAAGCUUUUAGAUAAA